AUGGUGUCCAUCCUUGCUGCGGCCCAGGAGGGCCUUGGCUGGGACCCAGGCAGCUCCAGCGCCACCGUGCGUGUCCUCUCAGCCGGCCACACCAUGGUGAGGCUGCUCCUGGCGCCCGGCAGGGCUGCAUGGUCCCCUUUAAGUGGCCCGGGGACGACCUGCUCUCCCCUCAGGACCCAUCCCCGCGCCGCCUUGUCUGAAGCCUGCUCUGGGCUGGGGACAGCCUCCCCAGGACUGAGAGGCGAAGGAGCCCCUGGUGAGCCUGUUGUGUCCCCGCAGACGGAGCGCCUGACCGCGGAGCAGAUCAAGGAGUGCAAGGGGGUCUUUGAGAUGUUCGAUGAGGAGGGUAACGGGGCGAUGAAGACGGAGAAGCUGGAGCGGCUCAGGAGUCCGCUGGGCUUCAACCCCAGGGAGCGCGCUGCCUCCACGGCCAAGGGCGUGGACAGAGACAAGAAAGGGCUCCGCAGCGGCGACGGCUCCCUGGCCCUGGUGGGGGUGUACCGGGAGCGGGCCCAGAACCAGGAGAGCGGGCUGGGGGUGGCCUUCCGUGUCUUCGACAAGGAGGGCAAGGGCCACAUCGACGGGGACACGCUCAAGGAGGGCCAGGGGCACGCGCGCGGGCCCCUCAACGAGGCGGAGGCCGAGCAGAUGGUGAAGGAACCCGACAAGGACGGGGACGGGACCAUCGACUACGAGGAGUUUGUGGCCAUGAUGACGGGGGAGUCGUUCAAGCUGGUCCAGUAGGAGCAGCCGCCACUUGCACGCUACCAUCCACCCUGCCGUCCACCCUGCACCAGCUCCCUGGCCAGUAAACGCUUCAACCAGACUUGUGUGUGCCUCACUGUCCCCAGGAUGGAAAAAGGGGCUGCAAAGCUGCGGGUCUGGAGAAGGGAGAGGGUUCUCCCGA